AUGCUUUACACUGGGAAAAUGGAAACCAUUAAAAAUUACUUGAUUCUUUCGUCCUUUAUCUUUUAUCCUCCACAGUAGUCCACUGAGAUUCGUGGCUGUGGUUACCACAAUGGCCCCUGAGACUUUUGCCUCUGCAGGCAAAAAGCAUGAAGAAUUCACACAGUGGGCCAAAGAUCAGGGAAUACAGAUCAACGGCGUAGCUGCUGUUAGGUUUCCAGGUAGAGGGAUAGGCAUUGCUGCAUUAAGGGGCAUUGAUGCUGGAGAAACAAUCGUCUCUGUUCCAACAUCCAGCCUUCUAACACUAGACAAAAUUCCCUCGACGUUCAGGGAGAAGUUCCAAGGAGACACUCCUGUCCAGGGCAUAUUUGCCGCAUAUCUAGCCUGUGAUGAUGACGCGCGGUCCAGGUAUGCUCCAUGGCGCGCAACAUGGCCCACCAUGCGGGAUUUUGAGGAUUCAAUCCCGCUACUUUGGCCAAAAUAUCUCAUAGGGACUCCGGGCGAUGAGCUCAAAGGCCAAGGGGAAACCACAGGGCGAGGACAGGAGGUUUUUCCAUCUUUAUUGCCUCCCUCCAUAUCUGGUCACUUCAACUUAUCGAAUAGGGUCGGUCGAUUUUCUGGUGAUUACACCCCUGACCACCAGAACCUCCUCGAAAAUCAGCGUAGCAGGUUCCGAAAGGCUUUCAGCCGCGUGAAACUGGCUUGUCCAGGUAUAAACCUGGAAAUAUUCACUUAUUAUUGGUUUGCCACACAUACAAGAUGUUUCUUUUAUGUAGCGAAAGAUUCAGAAGUGCCGGAAGACCGUAAUGAUGCGAUGGCAUUGUGUCCGUUUGCCGAUUAUUUCAAUCAUUCAAGCAAUGACCCUGGGUGCAAAGCUAGCUUUGAUGGAGAUGGAUAUACAUUUACAGCAACAAAAUCCUACGCGAAAGGAGAAGAGGUAUUCGUGUGCUAUGGGAAUCAUACAAGCGAUGUCCUACUAACGGAUUGUAAGUGAGCAGCUUCCACAUGUAUAUACAAUAUCUCCCUGUCUAAGCCAUGAAAAAUAUAGACGGAUUUGUACCGGAUGAAAAUAAAUGGGACGCCAUUUUCUUGGAUGACAUUGUGCUCCAGGAUAUCAAUAAGAUAAAGAGACGCUAUCUCAAAGAAGAUAACUAUCUUGGCAACUAUCAAGUCACACGUGCCGGUCCAUGUUUUCGCACCGAGGUGGCCGCUUCACUGACGUAUAUGUCUGUAGACGACUGGAGUUUGUAUGUCGGAGGUACCAUCCCAUCCAGCUUUGACUCGGAGAAAACGGACAGAAUCGUGGCUAGCUGGAUACGCAAAUAUCGUGACGAGGCCGAUUUGGCGAUUGCGAGGGUAGAAGGCAUGGUUAGAAGUGGUAUAUACGAAACGGCUAAUCGGCUCAAAUCCAUUAUUUUGCGAUGGAAGCAGAUAAGAGAAUUAUGCAGCGUCGCAUUGGAUUCGUUAGAGCCGUCAACUUGAGAGUCAAUAAAAGUGAUAUACAAAUAA